AUGAAUUACGGGUCCGUCGCAGGCUUCAACACAGCGGAGUGCAAUGCUGAGCCUCCACCUGGGGUCAGAGCCUUGUUGAUCGCCCUGAACCCGGCGCCAGCUCCAACUUUCAUCUUCAGGCCUCCCACUUCUUUCAAUCCCUCUCUUCUCCACGCCUACACACCUCACUGUGCUCAACGCUUUUGCUCUUCACCAAAUGCAUGCUUUCUCCAUCUUGUCGCUACUCAAUUCGCACUAAGUAGUAGCACCGACACUGCUGUCACUGCAGAUGUUCGCUGUGCUAUUAUGAUACCAUAUGGGGGUGUGCGAUAG